AAAAUUUCUAAUUAAACUAAAAAAAAUAAAAUAAAAGUUGACACAAAGCCAACUUUCAAUUCAGCAUAAUUAAUAGAAAAAAUAUACAUUUAUAUAGAUUAGCCAUAAUAGUAUCUAAAUAUAAAGUUAAUAAUGUAGGAAAAUUUAUUAGACAUGGAUGACAUUUUUACAAAGUCCAUAGGAAAUUCACCAUUAAAUGAAAAUAUAGAAUCGUUAGAUAAAUUGGAGUAAGUGAUUGCUGAGUUCGAUGAGGGUCUAAGAGACAAUAAAUAUACAUUAACCUCCUCCAUACUUAAGGAUUCAGACUAAUUUUAAUAGCAAAGUCUACCAUAGAAUGAGACACAAAAUGAUUUAUUGUACAUAAAUGAUUAAAAUUAAUUUUUAGAGGAAUAAGAAGAAAAUUUAUUACAAAUAGAGGCUGACAAAUUUAUUGAUUAGCCAUAAUCCUCUAAUGUUUUAAAAGAGAUAUCUUAGUCAUAGAUAAUAAAUGUUAAUUCUUAGAAAAAUAAUGAAAGUGAGUUAAGUAAAAAAAAUGAAAGCUCAUUUUCUGUUAAAGAUGAUGUGCUUGGAGGAAUUCAACUUUCUUAUGUAGAUUUCUCAAAAAAAAUUUACUAACAAUACAAGGAAUAGUUAGUAAAAAAUCAAGAAAAUUAGAUUAAUUAAUUUACAAAUAGCUAAUCUUGUGAAUAAAUUAGCACCAGAAAUAUCAAUAUUAACAAUUUACCAAAAUAAGAAAAUCGAUAAUAAGAAUAAGCAGAAGAUGAGAGAUAAAUGUGUUUAGAAAAAGGUAUCGGAAAAAUAAAGGAAUUAGGAGAUACUAUUAAGAACUCAAUUAACAUCAUGCACCAAAAAUUUAAUGAGGUAAAGGGAUGCGUAUCAUAGUUAGCUGAGCAAGAUAAGCACAAAGAUAUGUGGGAUAAUAAACUAAACGAGUUUUACAAUAAGCUAUUUAGAUAGGCGAGUAAAGCUUUAUUUACUUCUAACAUAGCAAAUAACAAUACUCCUUCCAAACUAGUUAUUUAAAAACCUUAAAGCGUUUAUAGAUUUAAUACAAAAUCCUCUGUGACAAAACCUCUCUCAAGCAACAUUAGCAAUAUUUAGAAUAGAAAACCUGGUAGUGUAAAUAAGUUUAGUGUUCUUAAUAAACCUAAAUCAGUCAGUAAAUUUUAAAUGACUGCUUAAGAAAAGCCCAGCGAAGAAAGCAAAGCAAGUAGCAGUAAUAUCAAUACAAAUUUACCUUAAAAUCAAAGAUAAAAGUCCUUCACAGUACAAAAAUUUAAUACUAAUAAAAUUAAUCAAACAUAACCAGCAACAAAUAACACCAAUUUAGGAGUUUUAAAAAGUAGUAAAGACAUUAAAAAAGAUUCUCUUAAAAAACCAUCAACAACUCCAUCAUCUUUAUUAUCAUAUAAAAAAUAAAGCCUUGGAAAAGAAAACAUUAAUUUUUUUAAAAAGUGA